ACACUGCACACACAGAGAGUUCAGUUCAGUGCUACAAUCGAAGUUGUGUGUUGAAUACAGCAACGCAUUAGGGAUGGAUGAAUCCAUUAGAAUCCAAAGAUACGAAGAGCUUCCAACCUCUAAACACUUCCAAUCCUUCAUUGAAUCCACUAAUCUUCCCGCUGUGUUCGUUGGAUGCACUAAGAGCUGGAGAGCUUUCUCUCAAUGGAACCCAUCCAACGGUGGUCUCAACUACUUGCAGGCGCGGGUAGGUUCUGCUACGGUGGAAGCUAUGGUGUCACAAUCUGCACCCGUCUUUUAUGGUGAUCUUGGAAGCCAUGACCGGGUUCCUCUACCGUUUUCUACCUUCAUUGGUUUAUGUAAGAAACGAAUGCUGACGAAAUGCAAGGACAAAGAAGAAGCUCUUGAUCCUUGCCUUGACAUGGAAAAUCAUGACGCAGAGUGUGGUGAUUUAUCCUUGGAAGGUGUUCCUGAACAAAUUUAUUUGGCACAGGUUCCAAUUAUGAACAGCGAUCGCGAGGAGAGGGUCCAAUUGGAGGCUCUAAGGGAAGACAUUCAGACUCCUCCGAUUUUGGAGGGAAAAGAGCUGUCUUCUAUAAAUUUGUGGAUGAACAAUGCCCAAGCCAGAUCAAGUACUCACUAUGAUCCACACAACAAUCUUCUGUGCAUAGUUUCUGGCCGAAAACAGGUUGUUCUGUGGCCUCCUUCUGCUAGUCCCUCACUUUACCCGAUGCCUAUAUAUGGGGAGGCUUCCAAUCACAGUUCUGUUGCAUUAGAAAACCCUGAUUACUCAAUAUAUCCAAGGGCAGAAUGGUCGAUGGCUUUUGCGCAAAAGGUUGUUCUUGAGGCUGGUGACGCACUUUUCAUUCCUGAAGGCUGGUUUCACCAAGUUGACAGUGAUGAUUGGACUAUUGCUAUUAACUUUUGGUGGAGAUCCUACAUAAUGUCUUCCAUGCAGGAACACAUGGAUGCAUAUUAUUUACGCAGAAUAUUGAGAAGAUUGAUCGACAAAGAAAUGGACCAGGUUCUGCUUGAGUUGGGGAUGGGGAAAACUAGGACAUUAACACAGAAGUUCCCUAACGGUGGAGAAGCAGAUCAUGGGGAUGACAAUUGUGGUAAGAUGUUAAAAGGAAUGGAUAUUAAAGAGAAACGUCUGUGUGAGGGGAACACACUGGUUGAAUUGGAACCUGCUGCAGUUCAGGUGCUUCAUGAACUUGUUUCCUGGGUUCACAACUGCAUUAGCGCGAGUCAGGAUCAGGAAUCACACUCAGCUUCUACAAGUGAUCAUAACCUAGGAGAGAAUGAUGAAUGUAAGAAAGCAGUGACUGCUGACUUGAAUGAUGAUCCAGUUGCUAAAAUUAUUUGGGAUGUCAAGCCGCAAACUCUCCAAUAUGUCUUUCUUGCAAUGGCACACAACUUUCCAAGGACUCUAGAGGCACUUGUAUUGCAUGUACUUUCUCCAGUUGGGGCUGAAGUGCUUACUCGGAAAUUUGAUGAGAUGGAUCAACAAAUACUUGAGGAAGAUAGGAAUAGAUUUUAUGAGGUCUUCUACAGUGCUUUUGACGACCAAUCAGCAGCAAUGAAUUCAAUUCUAAAAGGGAAGGAGGCAUUUGCCCAACAGGCAUUUAAGAAUGUGUUGGAUAAAUUUGUGGGAGUGAAUCUUGAAAGCUAAAGCCAGGUGUCAUUUUAGAUGCUUAGUGACAUGAACCUUAUGGAAGAAUUGGCCCACCAGGUACCCUCAGAGCAAAAAACAUUGAUGCAUAUUUGAAAUACAAUCUUUUUUUCCAUUUGGGUCUGUACUAUGUACUUCUUAUAUUUUGUCACUUUGUUUGAAUUUCAGUAGAUGAUCAUCACUGAUUUGAACAUCAUUCAGUGUUGUGUAUAUAUAAGAUUACAACAAUUUUUUUUACCAACUAUCUCUUUAAUAGUACAUUGAAUUAUCUCAAUAGAUUUUGAAAAUCAAAUUGUACU